GAAAUAUAUGAAUUCAGUCUGUAGUCUCAAUCGGUUCGUCUUUCUCGUCGCACUCGGGCAGGAAACUUGUCUGCGGGUUAAUUCUGCACUGUUGUUUUUACCUGAACGGACUGCUGCUAGGUGGGCCUUGUUUUUUGUCUGUGUCUGAUUGUCACGGGUAAAAGUCCGGGAACAUCCGAUUUGUAGUGUUGGGAUAUAAAAAUAGGUGCGUGUUGCCUGCGACUAUGAAGCCAAUUGCUCUGCGGGCGGAACGAAGUGCGUGAAGCGAAUAAUCGAAUGUGACGUGUUAAGACUGCUUCCUAAAGUGACACAUCAGGCGGCAGCGAAGUUCACAGAGCAGCUCGCAGUGAAUCAAGAGUGGUAAAUUGUUGGAAAUUUGGGAAUAAAGGUGGAGUUUCACGUUUUAGUGGAAUUUUUCUAGCAGGCCACCCACUGCAUGACAGUCGCAAAUGUGAAGAAAGUAAACAAAACAAACGUCAAAAUGUGAAGUCAAGCGAUUUGUUGUGUCUCGCAGAGUGAAGUGCAGUGUAGACGUGUUUUUAUGUGUGUCUUCUCGUUUGUUGUGUCUUUUAUUUGUAUUUCUGUUGCCAGCAGCUCUGGCGCAGAACGGAAAUCGACUGAAUGUUGUUUUAACCAAUUCAAUGCUGGAAUCAUAACCUGCGGCGAGACCGCGGCCACGAGAGCGCUCCGGGUAUGUGUGUAAACAAAACUAGAAAUGAGGUCUGCUUUCCAGAGAGCCGCAGCAGGAGGCAGAUUGUGUGGAAUUAAAAAUCAAUAGUAGCAUAUACUAAACAAAAUACCGAAAACCGGAGCGUUGGAAGGCGUAGAAUUAUUUACGAAUGAAGAGAAUUUGUUGCAUGAAUAAUGCGAAAUUCUGCGGGGGCAUCGGGCAUAGCGUUCUCAAUACAAGCUUCCAAAGGAUUUAAUUCAAAGUGAAAUGUAAUAAUUCAACAUGUUUAAAAUCUAAAAGCAAACAGAUGUUGAAUCCAGUCCCAUUAAUUAAGUGUUAAGAGCUGUGGUUCGAAAAAAUAAAAUAUGUGCCGUGUAGUAUCUAUUAAUCUAUGUCUAUGUUCCGGUCGAAACGUACUACGGUUAAUUUCUGUGCAACCUCUGGUAGUGAACCAUUUUCGGCAUUUGCCGAACGGUGUAGAAACCGAUGAUGCAUAAUUCAGUGUGAAACGAAAAAAGUUUCGGCAGUAGCUAGCCACAUCCACGAGUUAUUAAAGUAUCUCUGAGGAAAGUUAACUCCGCUCGCCUCGGUCUCCAUUCCACAAUGCAGGCGAAAAAGCGCUACAUCCUAGUGAUAAUCUGCUGUGCAUUCCUGGCGUAUUGCUACUUCGGCGGUUACCGGCUCAAAUGGUUGCAGAAACUGUUCGCCAUAAGUGUGCGGAAAAAUCCCUCCAAGCUCCCGGCAUAUCAGCAAAUGCACUAUCAGUUCUCGGAUGCCUUGGAGCACCCGAAUGCGAAACGCAUACGCACCGGACGCCCAGCCCUGGACGAUGAUCUGUACGCGUAUCCGGCCCGCGAGUCGAAAUACAUUGGCGAUUUGCCGCAAUCUCCCGCGCGAACUUGUAGAAUGGAAACGUGUUUCGAUUUCUCACGCUGUUCCGAUCAGAACUUUCUAGUCUAUGUGUAUCCACCGGAACCGCUAAACUCGCUGGGAGCACCCCCGCCAGUCAGUCCGAACUAUCAGAAAAUUAUCUCCGCCAUUCAGGAGAGCCGAUAUUUCACACCGGACCCGGAAAAGGCGUGCCUUUUCUUGCUCGGAAUCGACACCCUGGACCGUGACUCAUUAAGUGAAGACUACGUGCGGAAUGUUCCGUCUCGGUUGCAGCGGUUGCCCUACUGGAAUAAUGGCCGCAAUCAUAUCAUUUUCAACCUGUACUCCGGCACGUGGCCAGACUACGUCGAGGUUGCGCUAGGGUUCGACCCGGGCCAGGCGAUACUGGCCAAGGCCAGCAUGAGUGUGCAAUCGAUGCGGCCGAACUUUGACGUCAGCAUACCGCUGUUUCAUAAGCAGUUCCCGUUGCGCGGUGGCAAUACCGGGCUGGUGGCGAGCAAUAACUUCCCGGCCAACAAGAAGUAUCUGCUGGCGUUUAAAGGAAAAAGAUACGUGCACGGGAUCGGAUCGGAAACGCGAAAUUCCCUCUUCCAUCUGCACAACGCCCGGGAUUUGGUGCUGGUGACGACCUGCCGGCACGGCAAGAGUUGGCGGGAUCUGCAGGACGCGCGCUGCGACGAAGAUAAUCGAGAGUACGACAGAUACGACUACGAAACUUUGUUACAAAAUUCAACAUUCUGCCUUGUGCCGAGAGGACGUCGUCUAGGAUCGUUUAGGUUCCUCGAGGCGCUUCAGGCAGGUUGUAUACCGGUGCUGCUGUCCAACUCGUGGGUGUUACCGUUUCAGUCGAAAAUCGACUGGAAGCAGGCAGCAAUCUGGGCCGAUGAAAGACUGUUAUUGCAGGUGCCGGAUAUUGUACGUUCGAUCUCCACCAGCCGCAUCCUAGCCUUACGCCAGCAAACACAAGUGCUUUGGGAGCGUUACUUUAGUUCCAUCGAGAAAAUAGUUUUCACUACGUUUGAGAUUAUCCGAGAAAGACUGCCAGAGUACCCCCAUCGGAAUGGACUGACCUGGAACCAGUCGCCGGGAGCCCUGCUGACGAUUCCGACCUUCUCCGAUUCGGCCCAUCGAUUUCCGUUUCUGCUGGAUACAGUGGGUUACCGGCCUGCGCCGAAUUAUACGGCCGUCAUCUUCGUCCAGAUCGGCGCCCAGCUGACACCAAAUACCGCGCUAUACAAGCUAGUCAAAUCCAUCACCAAAAGCCAAUUUGUAGAUAAGAUUCUAAUACUAUGGGCCUGUGACCGGUCGGCGCCGGUUCGCAAGCGCUGGCCCUCGACGGGUCACAUUCCGCUGCACGUGAUAGGCGGCGGGUCCGGCGAGGACCGACUGAGCAUAUCCCAAAGAUUUUUCCCCCACGAACAUAUCCAAACGGAUGCGGUGCUGUCACUGGACGAGGAUGCCAUCCUGAAUACCGACGAGCUGGACUUCGCCUACCAGGUGUGGCAAGACUUUCCGGAUCGUAUUGUGGGCUAUCCGGCGCGGGCACACUUUUGGGACGAUUCCAAAAACGCCUGGGGUUAUACUUCCAAGUGGACCAACUACUACUCGAUCGUGCUGACCGGAGCAGCAUUCUAUCAUCGUUACUACAACUAUCUGUACACGAACUGGCUGUCCUAUCUGUUGCUGAAAACGGUCCAGCAGUCGUCGAAUUGCGAGGACAUCCUCAUGAAUCUUCUGGUGUCGCAUGUCACGCGGAAGCCACCCAUUAAGGUGACCCAGCGGAAGGGUUACAAGGAUCGGGAGAGUGGGAGAUCUCCUUGGAACGAUCCGGAUCAUUUCAUUCAACGCCAAAGUUGUCUGAAUACGUUCGCAGCUGUGUUUGGUUACAUGCCCCUGCUGCGCUCCAAUCUCCGCCUGGAUCCGGUGCUGUAUCGCGAUUCGGUUUCUAACCUGAGGAAAAAGUACCGCCAAAUUGAACUGGUCGGCAGCUAGCGGUUCGUGUAUGUUUACUAAGUCACUCUUACCUGUAGUUCCACUGGGCUUCAUCAUUCAAACUGACAACUGACCGCGAAACAAACGAGAGCGAGAAAACAAAAAAGCCAGUGACGUGGAGGAAAUUUAUCUCAAUGUUAGAGCAAGAGACCGACCCUGCACCGCUGGACCUCGCGGCGACAAACGGGGCUUAGCUUAAAGCGGAAUGGAGUAACCUGUAGAUAUACUCUACAAUUGACCCAUAUUUUUUGUAAUUACGCUAGUGUUUUUUAACCACCCCCCGUAUAGGACGACGAAAAGCAAUUUUUCGGUUAUGAACGAACUGAACGCAAUUAGCAAAAAUAUUAUAAGUCACAAAACAGUCACACUGUGUGUACAGCGACUAAAUCAAUUGAGGCAAAGAUAAAUAGUUGGUUGUUAAACGUAUAGAUAAAUGCUAACCGGCAGGCCAUACCCAAGUCAUAAAAGAAAAUUUCGCUUUUGAAAUUAGGUUUUUCUCUGUAAAUAAUAGCAUUCGGUAGGCCAAACAUAAAAUCAGAAAAAAAGAAAUUAAGCAGAUGAACACAGUCAUACUAUACAGCAGCAGUUACAACCGACGGCAGCGAACGUUUUAUCUUCUAGUGCGAUAAGUAGGACAAAUUAUAUCAAAGAACGAUUGCCAUCAGUCGGGGGAACGAUGACGCGAACCGCUCCGUGAUGAAGGAGCAAAAGUUACUAAAACACACUCUAGCUGUUACGUCAAUAAGUGUACACGUUAAGAACAAAUAUUGAUUGAGAUUUUUUUUACACUGAACACCUGGCAGACUAAAAACGCAAGCUAGACAGAAGGCAAAAAAAGAAGAUCGGAGUAAGAUUGAUUGAUUCAUUGCAAAAGAAAGCAGCUGCUUUUUCGGGUACGAUUUUAACUUUGUAUACGUUAGUUUGUUCGCGCAGCUCACAACCAAUUUUAAAGAUUUUAAUUUUGACUAUAGAUUACAUAGGGAAAAAAUGACUGAACAGUACACAUUCGAGGCGCGUGUUUGCAGCUGAGGCUGUGGCCAUUUUUUUCUGCAUAAUUCUAUUAUCAUUAGCUUUUUUUAUACGCAGAGCAAUAUUUGACGAUUGAUGAUGAGUUCGCGUGUCUGAGCAGAACUGCUUGCUUUACUGCAAGCUUAGUACCGAGCAUCGGAAGCACUUGUGGUUGAGAAAACUAAAGAACAAUCAGGAAGAAAUCGUUUUUUUAUCCGAGUGCAAAAAAGGGUGCAAAAAAUUAUUUCAAGAAGGUAGUAGAUAAGGAGAAAGAUUAGAUCACGAAAUUGCAAAACUUGUUACAAAAAAAAGACAUACUUUCGUACAGUUGUUUGCAACAGAGACAAAUUUAUUGAUGGAGUCAAUCGACAACUUGAUUGUUCGUUGCUUCUGAUUACAACGAAAACUAUAACUCAUAGCCUCCCCAGCUGGUCUCGAGGUACGAUGGUGGCCUAACAAGCCAGUUGUCGUAGGUUCGAGUCUCGGCUCAGGAGAGACUGUUAGUGUCAGUAGGAUCGUAGCGCUAGCCCCGCAAUUGUCCUGUACACUCAACAGUUGCCUGCGAAGUCUGUGUAUAGUAAACAGAAGGUCAAGUUCCGAAUCGGAAUGUAGCACCAAGGCUUUGCUUUUUUUAUAACUCAUAAAAAAUUGCAAAGCUAUGGCUAGAGUAUUUUUUAAACUCACCUUUUCUUUUUUUUAACACUGAAAAAAUGGCUUCAGAUUUGGGAAUAUGAAAUUGAACUUAUAACUGCCUUUUGAGGCACCUGAAUUUUCUUUUUUAUCAGAAAGAUACAAUAAUUGAACAUUUGGAUCUCAAAAUAGCGUUGGAGAAUAACAAUCUCUUGUAUAAUAUUUGGCGAAAUCUUAACAAACUGUAAACUAGGCAGAAAAUUUCGAUACACCGCCUUUGAACUUUAAGGUACUUUACUCAAAACAUGUUCUCCGCGAUUUUUAUCGCGCUUUAAAACGAAAUUGUCCUCGAAAAAAUUGUUUCGUUUGGCAAAAUUUUAAACCCGUAUUUUUUGUUUUGUUUUUGGCAUUUGGGGUGACUGUUUUUGAGCUAGUGUGGUUCGAAAAUCAUCUUUUUUUCAUAUAGACCUAAUAUUGGAAAAUUUACUUACAUCUUUGAAAUUUUGGCAGCUUCGCAAUAAAAAUGGUAAAUUCACAUUUCCAUUUUUCAAAGUUUCAUGGUGUGUAGUAAAGGAAGACCUAUAUUUUGUUUUUUUUUUACAAACAAACGGGCAACCAUUUUUGAUCCGGCUGAAACUCUGCGCAAAUGUUCCUAUGGCCUAAGGAUGUCAUUUUGCACUAUUAGUGCAACACGAUUAAUUAUGGAAAAGGGUUUAUGUAAAAUGGUAUUGAUGAUUACAAAUAUUUUCAGAACCGAAAUAGUUUGUUGGGUCGGUGUUAAGUCUUCCGCAAAGUUGUAGGUAAUAAUUAUGUCUUUCCAAAUAAAUUUACAUCACAUUGUUUUUUGAUAAAAAAAUGUCGAAAACAAACAAAAUAAUUAUCUCAAAAAGGCAAUAUUUUUAAUCUUUUUUUUUAAAUAAAACAACGAAAGAUGGACUAAACACUGUCUGACCAUGGAGAAAUGAGAAGUUGGCUUUCUACUAAAUGAAAAAAAAAAAACAAUUGAAGCAAAGUUUGAUUACUAUAAUGUCUUCGACAAAGUUGUAGGCAGUAACUUUGUCCUACCAGAAAAUAUACACACCCGUAAGACAUUUUUUUUUCUAAGAAAAAAAACAUCAAAAAUAAUUACCUCAAAAACUUACCUAUCAAAAACUCCACAAUGUUAGCUAAACAUUGAUAGUUAUUUGAACUUGUACAAAUAGAAAACAAAAAGUUAAAAUUUUCCUCAAAAAAAAAUUUUUUUUUCAGGGACAAAAUUUUCUUCAACUUUACCGAAGACACUUUACCGAUCAAAUAAACGGUUGUGGCUCUAUAAAUAUUUUCAUCAGUAAUAGACACUUGGCUUAGUAAAGAAGACUACGAUUUCGGUUUUCUGAUGUAUAAUGAUGUAGUAUGAUGUAAGGUUCGAAAGGUCUCGAUGAGACAAGAAAAAAAUUAUAUAGGGUCUGCUGUGGGAAAAAAAGUUACAGCUUAUUAAGUGCACGUUUUAAGAGUUUAGCGCUUUCUACAAAAAAACAUAACAUCUCAAAAUCUGAAUCGCUUUUAAAAUCGGCUUGUGAACUGAGGCGAAGGUGCAAUAUACUAGUAGAUUCGUGCACAGCAGUAGGCUACCAGUAGAACUCGUGCACAAAGUAGGUUGUAACUUUUUCUUCCCACGAUAGAUUUUUUUGCUUGUCUCAUCGAGACCUUCUAAAUCAUAUUUCACACGCCAAUAUACACCAGAAAAACAUAGCUUCAUACAUUUUGCCCAGUCUCCUUUGAUUUACACUUCCCGCCAUAAGUUUGGAACUUCCUUCUACUCAGUAUAGCAACACACGGUUUAAAUAUUGGAGCACCCCUCAAAAAGUUUUGCAUCUCCUGAAAUAGGUAGAUAUAUCGUGUUUCCGACUUCCUAGAAAAAAGCGGUCUUCACCAAACUUGUUCAUAAUUGAAAGGGCUUUUAGUUAUUAAACAGCUUAGUACAAAAUUCUGCCGCUCUGUGGCACUAUUGAGCAUUAUAAUCAUCGUAUUUUGACCUAUUCUUUUCUCACGAUUCCGACCUCCAAGAAAUCUGCGAUCUUCUGUAAAGUAGCUCAGAGGGUCAAGGGCUUCAAGUAAGUGGAAAGUUCAGUGCGGAUUGCUACCGCAACGUAGCGCUGGUGUGCAUGUAUUUUCUUAUUUUUCGACCUUAUCUCGCGAUACUUACUGCCUAGAAAGUGGCGGCCUUCGGCUAGUGUUAGCAUAAAGUUUUCUUCAAGAAUAUGUGUCGCAUGUCUACCAUAGCUGUUUUCUUGCCGAGAAAAUCAAGUUUUCCCAUGUUUUGUAAAAACUUGAUUUUAUCUCUACAGACAUAAAAUGAACACCCCUUAUUCAAUUGAUCCAGCUAACAAAAGGCCUUAACUUCGUCUGAACAACAGUAAUCGCCGAGUUGUUGAAAACUGCAUUUUUUUAAAUAGUUGGAUUCUCGUUCGUAAUACUCAAAACUUAACGCGCCACCUAGUGAUAUUAAUCGCAACAAAAUUAUUUACAGUUCCUACAGCCCCUGACUUCCCGAACAACUUUGCCGAAGACCGCAAAUUUCUGAGCGGUUGAAUUCACGAAAUAAUGUAACUAUAGAAUAAUGCAAACUUCAGGCACAUUAGAACCGCGAUGCGGUAGAAUUUUGUACUGAGUUAUAAGCCAACCAAAAGCCCUUGACCUUUUGAACAUCUUUCAUGAAGACCGCAGUUUUCUGAGUGGUCGAAUUCACAGGAUAAAUUAAGUUUGAAAUACUCUAAACUAUAUGCAUACCAGCGCCAAGCUGUUGCUGAAUUUCAAUUCAAAAUAUUGCACCAACUAAAAGCCUUUAACCUCCAGAACAACUUUGCUGAAGACCACAACUUUCUUUGUUGUCGGAGUCACGAGAUAGAUAUUCAAACUGGAUAUUUCAAUACUCAGUGAAGCGAUUCCCAACUUUAGUCUCGAGGUACGAUGGUGGCCUAACAAGCCAGUCGUCGUAGGUUCAAGUCUCGUCUCGGGAGAGACUGUUAGUAUCAGUGGGAUCGUAGCGCUAGCCCCGCAAUUGUCCUGUACACUAAAUAGUCGGCUGCGAAGUCUGUGUAUAAAUAUACAGAAGGUCAAGUUCCGAAUCGGAAUGUAGCACCAAGGCUUUGCUUUGUCUUCGUCAAAGUUGUAGAUAAUAAUUUUAUACUUAAAAAAAAUGGUACACCUUGAAAAAACUUAAGUUUUUUUUUAUUUUGAAGAUUUUACCAUUUUUAUUUUUUCUUUCUCCAAGUUCCAAUAAGGCUGAUACAAAUUUCGAAUUCUUUUUAUGUCCAAGGUUAUCAAAGUUAGCAGAGGGUGUGGCAAAAAAUAAAUAACACCGAGACGAAAAAAAAAAGAAAUAUCUUUGAUCAAAGUUUGCGUGCAAGUUAUAAAUUGCACUCAAAUAAAUGUUAAAAAAUAACACUUUAUUAUUAAUAUUAUUUAUUUCGCUUGCCUUCCGACGACACUCUCGCUGUCACCUGACUUGUUUGUUGCUAAAUUAAGCAUUUAUGCUGUCGGAAAACCAAUGAAAUGAAUAAAACGGUUUGAGCUAUUUUUUUCUUCCCCUUCCAAUAUUCAGAUUUUUGAAGGGGGGGGGGGGGUGACAUAAAAUGAAAAUAAAAUUUGUAACGGCCUAACGAAAAAUAGAUUUUGAAAAAGUGAGUUUUUGAGGUAUUGAAUUUUUAGGCCGUUUUUUGAGGUUUUUGAGGCCGAAGACAUCGAAGCAUCACCUAGAAAACGCAGAAAUCUCGUGUUUCCGACGACCUAGGAAAUGCGGUCUUCAGCAAACUUGUUUAAAGAAUCAAGGGCUCCUGGAUGAUGGAUGGUUUAUUGUGGAUUUCCACCGCUACGUGGUGAUAGUGACCAUGCAAAAUUGUCGUAUUUUGAUCUUAAAUUAUCUCUCGAUUCAAAUCUUUUAGAAAGCUGCGGUCUUCAGCAAAGUUGUUAAGAAGGUCAAGGGCUUUUGGUUGGUGGAUAGUUUUGAAAAGAAUCUUGCCGCUACGUGGCGCUAAUGUGAACACAAUUCUUCGUAUUUUGACCUUAGUUCAUCUCACCGGCUUCCUGUCCUGAAUGUCGUUGUCUUCAGCAAAGUUGUCCAGAAGUUCAGUGUUCACAUAAUUCUAUGUAUUUCCACCACGAUCUUUCGUAUGAUUCUUGCUUUUUUCAAAGUUGCGAUCUUCGGCCAGUACCAUCAGCUCAUACUGUUCCAAAGCUGCAAAAAUAUAAUAGAAAUUAUUUAGUCCAAGAAAAAAAAUAUUGUCAGAACCGCAGUGUGUUCAGUAAAGUGGUCUCAUUAAUUAUUCUUCAUGUUUUAGAAGUUACAAUUUUGUGAUUAAAUUACUUUAAAGUGAAAAACGAAUUUUACUCGUCUCAUUUUGAAAUAUAAAUAUUCACUUUGUUCGGCAAAGUUGUAGCACAUCUUAAAAGAAACUACUUUGUUGAAGACAUCAUACUUCUAUCGGCCUAUUUAAAUGGACUUUGUGUUAUCUGUUACCGUUGUCAAUUUAUCUUUUGAUUGUGAUUUCCUACAAAUUUUCAUUUUUCUACAUUAUUCUUUCCUAUAAUGAAACAAACAAUUUCUUCGAAGUAAGUUUAUUUUCAUCUCAGAUAUUUCCUUGAUCAUUGACGAUUUUUUACUGGAAUAAUGUUCUAAUUUGCUAACAGAUAUCCAAAAAAUCUGCAAAUAUCUGCAGACAAAACCAUCGUUCAAUCCAGUUAUAGGCAUUUAUCUCUCGUUGCCUCUUGCAUUAGAAAACAUGCGCUCAAAUGUCGAAUACUCUGCUCUGUCAAAUUCUUACCUAAUUCUGUUUUUAUAAUUCUGAUUUGCAGUAGCAGCUAUUAUUGCCUUCACGCAAUCUACAGACUGAUGCUAUCAAUUAGGUUACGUAGACUGCACACUUUUUCCAAAAUGUGAUCGAAAUCAUUUUUACUCAAAAAAACUUUAUAAUGGAACCGUAGUGUCUUCAACAAAGCUGUUUUAAUAAUUAUUCUCCAUUCAAUAGAAGUUUGAAUUUCGUGAUUAGUUUUCCUAGAAUUGAGACACUAUUAAAUGUUAUAUUGAAAAAUAUUCUAGUGACAAUCUAUGGAAAACACUACAAAAGUCUAUUUAAAUAGGCAGAUAGAAGUGUGGUGUCUUUGACAAAGUUGUUCCUCAUAAAAUCUGCUACAACUUGACCGAACAAAGUGAAUUUUUAUGUGCAAGAAUGAAAGGUGGAUUGAUCACAAAAUUGCAAUUUAUAUAAAAUGAAAAAUAAUCAAUGGAACAACUUUGCUAAAGGCUAAAAUCUUUUUUUAUUUUUUGUCAAAAUAAUUCCGAUCAUGUUUUUGCAGAUUUGGCAACAGUGUGCAGUGGUGGCCCGCCCAGCUGGUCUCGAGGUAGCAUCGUACCUAACCAGUCGGCCAUCGGCCUAACAAGCCAGUCGUCAUAGGUUCGAGUCACUUCGGAUCAUUACAUUGAUACCAUCUCAUGCUACUUGUUGUAUAAAUUUAAAUCAAUUCUCAAACGAAACUGAAAACUCUUUCAGAGGUCGGAAUCGUGAGACAAAGUAAGGUCAAAAUAUGAAGAAUUGUGUGAACACUGACCUUCUAAACAACUUCCGCAACGUUCUAGGAAGUCGAAACCGUGAGAUAAGCUAAGGUCAAAUUAUGAAGAAUUGCGUUCACACUAGCGCCACGUAUCGGCAGAAUUCUGCACUAAACUAUCUAGCAGCCAGAGAGCAAUUGACCUUCUGAACAACUUUGUUGAAGACUGCAACUUUCAAAUAGUUCGGACUCGUGAGAUAAGUUAAGGUCAAAAUACUAUUAAUUCCGUGCUCACUUGUGUCACAUAGCGCUGCGACAAAUUUCCAAACCAUACUGCUUGCCCACCACAAGUUCUUGACCUACUGAACAUCUUUUCUGAAGACCAUAACACUUUAGGUUGUUAGAAUCACGAGUUAGAGUUACACUAAUCUGUCCAGCCGUUUUUCCAAGUUGACCAAUUUUUCUCAAACCGACUUUUGCAGCGACUUAGUUGACACACUAGAGAUCGAGUGUUUCUUGGAGGACAUUUGAGAGUUUUUUCUCUAGAAACAGGAACUUUUUAUCAAUCGAAUGUUCAUUGGCAUUGCUCAAUCAACCCGAAUAGGGUAUUUCUAGAGAAAGCUCAGAAAUUAUUACACAAUGUGGAAAAACAAAUCAAAAUUUUACAAUCGAUGUAUGACAAAGACAUGAUAAUGACUACAUUUUUUCAAUAAAAAAACAUUUCAAAAACUUUCAGGCGGGAACGGUUUAAAUUGACCAUUUAUCAGUGAUAGCGCUCAGUAUUAACCAUGUUAUCAGGUUAUAACAGCUCACACAGCAUCAAAUAAAGUCAAGACGAAUAUUGUGCCCAGUUGCAAGCAUGAUUUUCUGUGAUUGUGACUCUCACCCACUUCGUUUAUCAUUCCCAUAUUAAAACUAUCUUUUAUAGAUGGUUUUGUGGCACUAUUUCUGCCUGUGUUCUUUCGGGCUGAUGUUUCUUAAUUUAGAAAGUCAUUAUCAUUAUAAAGAAAAUUUCAAGUAUCAGGAAACUUGAAUAAUCAUCUAAAUUAACGAGUUUUGUAGUUUCUGUUCUUGUGCAUAAAAGCUAUUAUUUUGAUUUUUUUGAGAAUUUUUGGAAUUCUUAAAAAUAUUAAAAAAAACUACCGUUCCACUGAAAACUAUUUAACACCAACUCACGAUCACCAGAAGCAAAAUAGUCAAAUAGAUAAUGAUUGAAAAAAGGUCAAAAAGUACUCCAGCUGCAACCAUUGCGCCCUGCGUCGCCCAGAAACACAACUGGAACUGCACGAUCUUCCUUUCCGCAAAUCAGUUCCACAACCGUAACAGUGAUUGCCAUAAGAAGCCAUUUUUGAAGUUAUUUUGUACCACAAAAAGCGUAUUAAUUUAUGACAUACCACUGCUAGCAUCAUUUUUAAAGCCAAAACAAAACAGGAAUGUAGUAGGAGGUACACACUUUACCAGUUUCAGAGAAGCAAUCGAACGUGAAACCAUGAAGAAAAAAAAUAGUUGUAUGGCAUGUGUGAGGAUGAGGUUUUUUUAUAUACAUAGAAUGAGAAGCCGCGCGAGAGCAGAUUUACGAGAAACAGAAUGGUGCCGUUUGAUACGAUUAGUCCGGUAGGUUAAACUAGUGAUUAUUGAGAUUGAUUAUUGAUAAAAAGUAUGAAAUCAUAACUGUAGUUAAACUGAAAUUGAAUACAAUAAGUCGGGUAGAAACUCGAGGGAUUUCAGAAAUCAAAACAAGCUUAGCUCAGAGCACACAGUCGAUGUGAAAAAAAACAGCCUAAAUCUCGAUCUAACACAAAGCCGAAAUACCAGAAACAGCAACCAUGUUGCUGAACCAGGAGUUGAGAACAGCUAAACGCACCGGACGUCUUCCAAUCAGCCGUCUUUCAGUUGGAUAUUGCCAACUACAAUCGAAAGUUGAAAGCAUAGAGCAAUAGUGAAAACAUAAGACGAAGUGAAAAAAAAUUGAGUCACACAUUGAGAAAGGCGAGAAGAGGGGAAAUAAUAAAUCGAACAAGAACCGUUCAACCGAAUCAAUCAAAUCAAUUCCAAACCAUAUCCAUACCUUGGCGAGCGUCAAGGUAUCAACAAAAGAGAAACAAAAACUGCAAUAACUGAGUGUAGCAAAUCUUUACCCUAACCUAGAAAGAGUAACGAAUGCGACAAAGCUAACCGGACCGUAUUAUAAAACACAGCAACCAAUAUCAAUCCACCCAAGGUGGAAUCCAUACUUAUCCGCUUAGAACCCGUAGACCAGUCGUACCACCCAGAAACAACAAUCAAUGUCAGCGUCAAAAAAAAAACUAGAGAAAUAAGUGAACCCGCUAUCCCUGCUAAUGGUCGAUUUUUGAUACCUAUCGAUGUUCGUUAGUAAAAGCUGUGACCAAAAUUUGAAAAGCCUCCCAUUUAGUAAAAUCUCCCUUUGGUUCUAACAUUCUCAGUUAAUGUUAAUGCAUAGCUUAACAAACAACGGCAGCAUAUCAUCAUUCGACGCAGAACCAUUAAAGGAGCUGCUACUGAGUGCGCGUCGGAAAAUGCAGAAGGGGCAAAAUGAAUCAUAAUUUGCCGAUAUAGUUUUCGGAUCAGUAAACACAGCCACUAUUUCAUCCAGCUGCGGUUUAAUCUGCCAAGCCUCCGUUUCCUCCUCCUACUCCUCUUCCAUGAUCAAUGACAAAUUUCUUCAACCUGCUAUCGACAGACCUUUCUGUGGGGGGGUUUGAUUGCGUUUGAUUUGAUUGUUUUGUUUGGUUGUGGUAUGUUAAAAUCUGCUUUGUUUUUCUGUUUCAAACUGAAACAACAUAAAAAAAACUGUUACGAUAAUGUGGCGAUAUGCUUCGAUUGACCACCAACGCAACAACACGUUCGGCAGGUAUGAAAUUGCAUAAUUUGGCGUUCGUUCUGCCACCCCCCAAUUUGAUCGCACUCUUUUUCGUCAGGCGUCAAUGGGUUUCUAGGGCGAAUAGUAGCCCUAUUGGAAUAUGCAAAAUUUCUGUUUUGCACUGCUUGCUCUGAAGUGCAUUGUUUUUAUUUUUUUGAACUUUGACUCUAGCAAUAGCAUUAAAAAAAUCAAUAAAAAAGAAUUUUAUAUGUUCAAAUAAAAAUAUGUAUUUAAAAUUUUAACCCCGUAUAUGUCAACAAAUUUUCAAAAUGAAUAAGAUCGGUGCAAAUUACAUCAAGUUUGGUUUCCAAUUCAGUCUGAUUCCGAUAAGUUAUGCAAAACUAUUGUCGAAUUCGUUUUUACGGCAGGACUAUCCCGUCCCGGACUACGCUUUGCAGCUGAAAAAAAAACACACAAAAAACAAAUAAAUAAACAAAUAAACUUUUUUUUUUUGGUUUUGACACAUACGUGUGAAUUUGUUGGUGUCUUCAAAACUGCACUCUGUUUCUUGCGCGGACUGUCCGGGGCAGAAGAGGGGAGUCCGGGAUAGGCCGGAAAAUGUAAAAAAAAACAGUGAUAGGACAAAGUGUAGUCCGCGGGGUAGCUACACCGCAAAAACGAAAACGACAUAUGUAUCCACACAUUUUCUCAAAUAACCAAACGACCGUACCGGGAAGAGUAGAGACAAAUAGCUAGUAGGCUGUGGCCUGGUUUGGGUGUCAAAGUUUUUCGCCAAUGUGAUUCGAAAUGAGUUUGCUACAGCUUUUACUGUUGAAUCUUGAGAAAUACCUAUCACUAUUAAAAUUGCUAAAGUGAGUUCAAUUCUAGUGCGUGUGCGAUUUUCAACUCAAUUGAGUGUGCAUCUUAUUUUUUUGAUAAUUCGAUUCAACUAAUCGAAAAUAUGAUGAAAGCCAUCAAUUUUGUUAUCCACCAACGUCGAUUUUGGUAUGUUUAAUUUUUUUUUUAAGAAUGCUUAAAUGUUCUAGAAUCUGGCUAAGAAUUGGUUAUAUUUUCAACUUCUUCCUGGGUUUGUUCGAUUUCAAGCUGCAUUUAAGAAAACAGCUUGUAUAAGAAAGUUAUUUGAAAUGAUGAUCUGGUUUAACAAAUCUCAGUAUUUAUAACUAUUAUUCUUCUCAGCCCAUUUAUUCAUCUCAUACAACAUUGAAAUUCAAUUGAAAACUAGAAAAAACGCAUAUAUUUUAACUAAAUCAAUCUACUAAUCCAAGGAAUGGAUUUCUCUCAGUCCAAUUUAGAUUUCGCAUAAAAUAGAUUCCGUAAAAACUUACUUAAAAGCCCUGAACUUGCUUUCAUAGUCGAGCAUCUACACUAGGCUGUCCAAAAAAAAAAACGAUGUUGAAAAAGUUAAGGUGCUCAGCCCCAAAUUGGAAGAUAAUGUUAUUUAUAGCAUUUUUUUAGAACAUUUCGACUUUCUAAGAAAUCUUUUUCAGGUUGCUCAAACGUGAUUUAUGAAAAAAUGAAUUUUUCAAGCUACAAAAUCACUCGCACUUUUUUCAAAUCUGUUCGAUUUCUUAAUUUUUCCAUAUAUUUUUUCUUUUUGUGGGGUUGUUUUUGAAUAUUUUGCAUGGUUUGGUUCAGCAUCGCAUUCAAUCAUUUGACUCAUAGAGCCCAUUGAACAUCACAAAAAAGUAAAUUUUUCUCAUAAUUUUUGGAUUAAACCCUUAAAAACACGUAUAAAAACAUUUUUUGAUCAAGAACUGAAAUUUUUACUGCAAAGCGGGAUUCAGGACGAAAAUUUAUAUGAAAAAAAAAAUCCUUGAUAUCUUAUCAGAGGGCUGAGAUAUUGGCGUUUUUACAUGUGAUGGAAAACUAUGCAUUUUGUCAAUAAUGCCACUAAAGCUCAAUAUCUUCAUUGCACAGUGUUUCAUUUCGCCGUUUGUGCGUAUAAUAUCCUAAAUAGUGAUUCAAAUGUUGAUUAUAGCCAUAAUAUGUUCGGAGUUGUUUCAGGAUCCUUUAAUGUAGAAAGAUGGGUGAUCAAUUCUCCUAUGAGUGAGAUAAAAAAUUUACUAUUUAAUCAGAUGAAAUAGAUAUAAGGUGUAUUCGACAAAGUUUUAGGUUAUCUUAAAUCAAGAAACUUUGCCGAAGACAUCAUGUUUCUAUCUCUUACAUAUAACGAGCAAUAUUGUGUUUUCUAUUAGAAGGCACUAAAAAUCACAAUUUUGGUUUUAACUUUUUUCGCAGAUUUUUCCGAAUUUUUAAAUCUCUACUAAGUUAUUAGCCAUAAAAAAUGCAUUUGUUUUCUGAACAUUGUUAUUUUUUAUCUCCCGAAAUAAAACAGUUAUUUAACAUAUUUGUUGAAAUGUAUAGUUUUCAAUCACAUAUAAAAAUGUCAAUAUCUCAGCCACCCCGAUAAGAUAUCAAGUAUCUUUUCUCAUGUAAAUUUUCGUCGUAAAUUCCGCUUUGCAAUGAAAAUUUCAGUUCUUGAUCAAAAUUUUUUUAUUUGUGUUUUGAAGGGUUUUAUCUAAAAAUUAUUAAAAAAAACUUUUUUUGUGAUGUUUCAUGGGCUCUAUGAGUCAAAUAAUUGAAUACGAUGCUGAACCAAACCAUGCAAAAUAUUCAAAAACAAACUCACAAAAAUGAAAAAAAUAUAUAAAAAUAUAUAAAAAAUUUGAGAAUCGAACAGAGUUGAAAAAAGUGCAAAAGAGCGGGUUUGUAGCUUAAAAAAGUCAUUUUUUCAUAAAUCACGUUUGGGCAACCUGAAAACAAUUUUUUAGAAAGUCGAAAUGUUCUACAAAAAUGCUAUAAAUAACAUUAUCUUUCAAUUUAGGGAUAAGCACAUUGAAUUUUUCAACACCGAUUUUUUGGGACACCCUAAUCUACACUCAAAAAGUCAUAUAUUUCAAUCAGAUGCCUCAGAAAUCUUAUAAAUCUUGAAUUCUAACUGUAUGUAUUUUCAUCUGUUUUCACUGCGUUUGAGAUAGUCAAAAGUUACCAAAUCGGUUUCUGUUAAUACGAAAAAAUCAUACUGAAAAUGUUAAAAUAUUCCGACAUAAUUGACAUAAAUCGGCAGCACACCUAGAUUAUCGAUUUUGUUCGAAACAACUACUUUUGGUACUCUAUUUUGUUAGAGAAGGUUUUGAACUAUUCGACACUAUUCCAUCAUUAAGAUCGAGACCUGGACUCAAAAAAUGUCAUUGUCGAAUGAUAGAAAUCCGACAAGAGAAAAAUGCAAUUGUCUUUUUUGCAAGCAACACGGUACAACAUUUUAUUUUGUAAUGUUGCUGAGAGCUCCAUUGGUCCAGUUUCCCUGGUUGCCAACACGAAAUAAGAUUUUUCAUACAUUUGUAUUAGGCGUCGUACACAAAUUACGUAACGCUAAAAAUCUAGAUUUUAGAUGGGGGGUAUCCCCCCACCCCCCUAUGUGGCGAUAAGUAACGUUCAAUAUGACUCCCCCCCCCCUCAAGUUACAUUAUGCUAAGCCCCCAAAAAUUUCGAUUUUGAAAGAAAAUCACAGUUACGAAACCGUUAAACUUAACCCCCACCCCCCUCCCCGUGAGUAAAAAUAAGUUACGCAAACUAAACCCCCCUCCCUCCCCCUUCAUGCGUUACGUUAUAUGUGUAUGACGCCUUACAUACGAAAUAAAACCGCUUUGCGCCUUGCGAAACUGGGAAAAUGACAUAACCUGAGAAAAAGGCGGAACCACUUACAACUAAACAUUUUAAGAAUAAACAUUGCGAAAGAUGAUAUGGUUCAAAUCCAUCUGAAACAAUAUACGCUACGGGUGGCAAUGGGAUGUAUGGGAAAAAUGUCAUCAUCGAAUUUCAAGAACCGGCCAUGUACAUUUUGUUUAUUGGUCAUAAAUAAUAACCUGGACAAAAUUUCGGGUAAAUCAUACAUGAUUUAGGGGUGCCUCGAAGCGCUUGAAAUUUCGGUGUUUUGACCCUCGAAAAUUAACAUCCCUAACCUAAAACUAUGUUUAAGAUGCCUAAUUAAUAAUAAAAUGAUUUACAUCUUGCACUAGAUUUCGUAUUGGGAAUGUCCAUUUUCGAGGGUCAAAACAUCAUAACUUUGAGCACUUUUAGGUACACGUAAAUCUUGUUCGAUCGACCUGAAAUUUGCACAUCAUUUUUUAUGGUCAAUAAACAAAAUGUACAUGUUUUGAAAAGUAGGCAAUGUAUGUAAUCUUUUUGAAAAGGUAAAAAUGAACAAGGACAGAGGGUGUGAUUUAAACUUCGAAAAAAUUUCCCCCGUCCAGACGGGACCGCAAUCUCUGAUGUCUCCGGCAUGCUGUUUUGGCCAAUUAAACUACUGGAGAGGUAGACCAAUAUCGAUUACCCCUCACGAUUGUGCCUUGUUCGCAGCACACCUCGAUCAACCACCAGCCGCAGAGUUGUAAUACGCAACACGCGUAAUGAACUGUUACGUGGGUAAGAGUACCGCAUUUGCUUCCAUCCGGCACAAAAAAAAUUGAUUAUUGAGCCGCAACACGAUACAACAUGUUAUUUCAUUUUUUUUAAGGGGGGGAUUUGUUAGUAGCUUAAGUAUUUAUGAUAAAUAUUAGAAAGUGAUGAAUAUGUGUGUCCAAUCACAAAUGGUGACUUCUCAACACUGUUAAAAAAUUGUAAUUUUAAUUGUUAGGAUUUGUUUGCUAUCGCAAUUAGGACUUAUUUUUCGUAGGGAUUUAAACCUACUUGUUAGAAUAGGGGAAGUCAACUUAUAACUAACUUAAUUGCUAACUUAUUGGCUAUAAAGAGAGCUUAUCGUAGCAAUUGAGGAUUGCAACGAUUUUUGUCCAAAAUUUUUAAUAAUUUCAUUUGACAUAGCUUCUAAUGGUUACACACCAGUAAGUAUAUGUAAUUCGAGUGUACCAGUGUACCAAACCAAGGAGGACGCUCCAAAAUCAUUUUCAGAAUUUAUUCUGAAUCCUUUGGAGCGUUUUCUUCCUUGUUGAACAGCAACUUGACCAGAUCGGUACAGCAUAAAGCAUUGCUGGUCUAAAAAUUUGUUUGUAAAUCAAAAGUUUGUUCUUUAAACAAAGUUUAAAAUUUUCUGUUAAUGAGAGGAUAUAGACAUCUCGUAUAUUUGCUCUUUGUAAAUAAGUUUUGCAUGUUAUUUCAUUGUGUGGCUAAAAGCUGCAACGGUCCGGUUUCAUUGUUUGCUAACACGAACACGAAUUCCAUGCAUUCAUAUUACAUAUGGAAUAAGAGAAUUUAUUCAUCAAGAGAAAUUGAGGAAAUGACAUAGUUUGAAAAAAGGCGGAGUCUUUUACAUCAUGGGUCUAAAAUGAACAUUGUGAACAGAAUGCGGGCUAGUGAUUGGUUAGCCGCUGCCUUUUGCCAGUAGAUUUUAAGUUCCUUUUUUUUUCACUGGUUUUGCAACUUAAAAGAUAUGCUGAUUUUUAUAGCAAAAAAUAAAGAAAACUUCACCUAUUGAUGAAAACAUUUGUGUUCAUGAUUAUGCAUUCAAAACGACACAUACGAUACUCGUACGAUUCAACAUUCCACCAUCCUGUUUUCGGCUUUAAAAGCGAGCUGGUGGUUGGUCGAAUACUGCGAAACGAAACUAAAAACGAUUGAUUUUUGAAAAGAAAUAAUUUAAAAGUUAAUUAAUUUUAAGAACUAAUAAACUUUUUGAGAAUUAAUUAUUGAAAAAAAGUGUCAACUAUUAUGCAACAGUUUUGAGAUAAUCUUCACCUAUCAAUUAGGACAUUGGCGGCAAAAAUCCAUUUAGUGGUAGUAACAUAAUAUACAUUUUUGUGACAAUGUCCACAGCAUGCCUCCCUAAUGGAAUAAUCAUCGCUCAUAUAUCCACAAACCGAAAGAGCAGCCAUGGGAAACCUUCGCUUUAUCUACAUGAGCUUUUCGUAGCGAGUGAAAAGAAUUUUCAUAUUUAGAAAAUGUAGAUAUCUAAUUCCUUUCAGUUGGUCUCGAAGUAGUCUCGGCUUAGGAGACACUGUUGGUGUCAGUGAGAUCGUAGCCCUGUACACCAAAACAGUAGGCUGUUUUUUGAGGGAGCAACUAUGGAAACUUCACCUCUCAGUGAAGUAGCAAAAUUAGUACAACAUUGAAGUCCACUCAAGAUUCUUUUGACAGACUGAAUUGGUCACUUACAUCAUGGGUCUAAAAUGAACAUCACGAACAUAAAGCGGGCUUGUGAUUGGUUAGCCGCUGCCUUUUUUCAGUAGAUUUUAAGUUCCUUAAAAGAUAUGCUGAUUUUUAUAGUAAAAAAUGAAGAAAACUUCACCUAUUGAUUAAAACAUUUGAUCAUGUAAUUAAAACGGCACAUAUGAUACUCGUACGAUUCUACACUCCACCAUCCUGUUCUCGGCUUUAAAAGCGAGCUGGUGGUUGGUCGAAUACUGCGAAACGAAACUAAAACCGAUUGAUUUUUUUAAAGAAAUAAUUAAAAAGUUAAUUAAUUUUAAGAAUUAAUAAACUUUUUAAGAAUUAAUUAUUGAAAAAAAGUAUCAACUAUUAUAGCACAGGUUUGAGACAACCUUUACCUAUCAAUUAGGACAUUGCCGGUGAAAAUCCAUUUAGUGGUAGUAACAUAAUACACAUUUUUGUUACAAUUUCCACAGUAUGCCUCUCUAAUAAAAUAUUCAUCGCUCAUAUUCCCACAAACCACAGGAGCAGCCAUGGGAAGUCCGACUUCGCUUUAUCUACUUGAGCUUUGCGUAGCGAAUGAAGAGAAUGUUCAUAUUUAGAAAAUGUAGAUAUGGGGCCGUUCCUAAACCACGUGGUCAUAUUUUGAUCACUUUUUAUACCCCCCGCACCCCCCCGUGGUCUUUCGUGGUGUUUCGGCCACCCCCCCCCUGCGACUUUAACCACGUGGUCUUUUAUCUGUCAAGUGCCAAAAUUUCGCUUAAAUUUUUUACAUUUCUAUUAUUAAACUUUCAGUACGUUCUAUACAUAUUUCUAAAAUGGCCAAAAAUCCAUUCUUGACUUGGUAGCAACAAUAAAUUAUAAGUGAGGUAAAAAGACCACGUGGUCAUUUCGUUAAAAAGCAAUGACAAAAAAAAAUGCCCACUUCAUAAAGGCUCCAGAAAAAUAUUUGAACGCAAAUAAACAAAAAAUCAUAAAUUAGUAUGUUCUCCUUUGGCCUUCAACACCUUCUGCAAUCGCUAUGGCAUACUCUUCACGAGAUUCUUGAGGUGCUGUAGGUCGAGAUUUUUCCAGGCGCGUUACAGAGCAUCGAAGUAAUGAUGUUUGUUGGUAACACCAGUUUUGUAUACCUUGGCGUCAAGAAUUAAGGUGCCGCCACACGGACGCUAAUUCCCUUAGUUUCUAAGUCAUAGUUGAUUGUAAAAAGCAUUUUUUUCAUCAUAACGCGGAAUUACUGUCAAAAGCUAUAACAUAGAGACCCUGAACUACUCCGUCAUGCCCGAAUUGUUCAUAGCAUACUAUUCAGUGAUGAAAAAAUGCUUGUUACAAUCAACUAAGACUUAGAAACUAAGGGAAUUAGCGUCCGUGUGGCGGCACCUUUACUCAUAAAUUCUCGAUGGGGUUGAAGUCAGGGCUUUGUGGUGGCCAUUCUAUCAGUUUGAUGCGGCACGACCGGAAGAAUGUCUUGGUCAGCUUGGCUGUGCGCUUUGGCUCAUUGUCCUGCUGAAACAUAAAGCGAUCUUUCAGACCGGUCUUGAGCAGAGAAACUUGCAAAUUUUCUGUGCGGAUGUUGCGGUAAAAUUCUGCCAUCAUCCCGUCAGUUUUCACCAGGCUUCGCAUACCAACCCACGAAAAACAUCCCCACACUAUAACAUCUCCCCCUCCGUGCAGACCCUCUCCGUUCUCUGGAUAUGGCGCUUCUGCAGCUAUUCACCGGAUUUGCGCCAAACACGUCCCAGUGCUUCGAUCUGUCGACAAACAGUCCGAUGUGAAACCGUAAGCUGUAGAUUUUCUUGGAUUUCCUCGAACCACCUUCGGAUUUUUUUCACCUCACGCACAAUCUUUUCAUAAAUUCGGGCAUCAAUUUUCGGCUUCCACCCGAAACCCGAAGCAUAAUUUUUCCUACCGACAUUUUACUAUUAUUGUAUUUCCUGGCAAUUUCCCGGUGCGAUUCCCUUUUGCCGUAGUCUCGAACCACUAAUUUUCGGAUGCAGAGAGGAAUCGUUUUCGUUGUUACGGCGUUCUCCAUUUUUUCCGACUUUACCGAUCGCAAACACGUGAACAAAUGUUGCUGAGCCUGGGCAGAAGUUUCAAAACGUCGAAAUAUUCGAAACAUAAAUAAUCGAGGGGUCACCCGAUUGAAACUUAUCGAAAGUAUAUCGAUUUUUAAAGUGGACAUUUUAUUUGUUGAUUUGCAAUUGCAUUACCCGGCCUUAAUUACAUGUAUUUGAAGAGCAUAUUGAGUGGUUUAUAUUAAAUUGCAACUGUGAUUAAAAGCCGCUGUAAAUGUGCACUAGUGUGUUGUUCAUCACAAUUCGACGAUGCUGUGCUUUAACCAGUGGUAUAUAUGAAAAUAAUCCGAUUUCGAACAGAAAAGGAAAAUGGACGGUUAUAGUUUGGAAUCACAGCAGAAUUUCGAACUUCAUACACAUGUCUACCAUCGGUUAACGUUAACACGAAUAGAAUUUUCCCCCAAUCGCACAUCUGCAAUAUGCAACACGCAACAGCUGCACUCUCAAUAUCAGUUUCCAUCCGUCACGAGAAUGUCAUGAGAAAUUGUUUGUCUUCUUUCCAAGCCGCAACACGACACGAUACGUCCAUAUUGUUGCGUGUGUUAUAGCUCUAUCGCGUCGGUUCCGCUGGAUGCCAACACGAAAUGAGUUAAUUUUUCGUACAUUUGUAUUGCGAAACCAGGCCCGUAGGUACCGGGGGGGCUAGGGGGGGCUUAGCCCCCCCACGCGUUUGUAUUGCCCCACCACGCAAUUUUCUCAUGUAGGUGAUUGAUACUAGGUGAAAAAAUCCAAAAGAAAAAUCUGAAAUGUUAGCAAUAAGCAUUAUUGAAUAGUCACCAGUUUUUUUAAUGUUGACGGUAUCAGUCAAUUUUUUGGUCGAGCAAAUAUUCCAAAAUAGAUAAAUUUUUCAAUCUUUUGGUGAGCCAGUAUCCUAACUUCCUGCAAUAUGAUCUUGUGAUGCAUGUUCAUGUUCAGUUAAAUAUAUUUUGGCCCGACUUUUCCAUAUUUCGGAAGCAUAACCCAGACCGUUACCUGGCCCGGACAACUCUGUUCCGCUUCAGUCCGAAAUAAAAUCCGACUAUAAAAAUUGUAGUCUGACCGGACUUUGAACUAGGCAUUCCACACUCUACCUGGUCUGAUGGUAAGCACUGAUCAAACAAAGCCUAUCGUAAAAUUUAGAAUUCGGGCUGACGGUUGAAUCGCUCCAUUCUCUCAGUAUUUCUUCGCGAAUAGAUUCUCUCAGUAUCGUUGGUUGACAUCAAUCGGCGACUCUCGAAGCUGGAUUUAUAACGCUGUAAUUCCUUCAAUGCAUUUGUUGCUUUAGAGUAGAACUUUUAAAAACUCUCUUCUGUUCUUCGAUCGCACAUGGUCGCACCCUCAAGACAUUUGAAAAAAUUAAUUGGAAGAUACACAGUUUGGAAGUUGUGGGUUCAAUCAUAUUUUCAGUUAAUUUAAGUUUCUACCUUCAUGACUACAUUUACUCCUUGAACCAAAGGAUACACAAUUACGCUAAUCAAUAGCGGUUUUCACGUCUAUCUCGAAUACAAAUACCUAGCCGUUACCUGUGUAUUAUGGUGGAAAAUCAAUUUUUCGAAUUUCGUUUAACGAUAGGGCUCAAAAGUUUCGUCUACUCGAAAAAAAAUCAUCCAAAAAAAUUUUUUUUGCGAUAAGGUACACCAGAUCUUGACGUUUCAUGCAUUUUUUAGACAUUUGGCAUAAAAAAAUUCGAUAUCGACGAUUUCAUGAACUUUUAACUGUUCAUUUCAUCAGUCAGAAAGUUGAAACAUUGAUCGCUUUGAGGGACGUGUUCCCAAAGGCCGAUUUAGUUGAAAUUUGCAUGGGGACUGUUGAACCCUACCGCUAAACGAUAGUCGAAUGACCUUUUUUCAUACAUCUCACUGGCGCCCUACUGUAUAUCUUCCAUUACUCAUCAAUUGAGGUGAGUAUUUUUACGGCUGGGUAUUUGAAUACAAGCUCGAUAUGAAUACAAAGCAAAUGUACGAAGCUCUUACUCAGUUAGAGUAAAAGUAGCUGAACCUGCGUAAACAAUUGGUCCCCUGAAACUCAAUUACACAAUGUAAACCUGCUCAUUUAAGUUUGCAAACUUAUUAAAAUUUGCAUUUUUUUUCUUUAAUAAGGAGGUUUUUAACCACUGUGGCUCGCCACUGUAAGACAGAAAUGAUAAAGUUUAUAUCUCUGAUUUAUUUCAAUUAUACGCACAUUCGCAGUUUCGUUUUUUUUCGGAAUAUAAACCCGGAAAACUGCAAUAAGAUAAUUUUUACGGGACACCCCCAACGCUUAUUUGAAAAUAAAUGAGCUUCUGAAUCUUUAGGUGCUAAAACAAUCGAAAUGGGACGAAAACUGCAAACGGUAUAAGAAUUUUAAUUUGUGAGUACUCGGGUACUCCGUUGGACGCGUAAAGGUCCUUUUUUUGUCGAGCACAUAACUGUUUUAAACUGCUUACUCCACAAAAAAAUUACGUUUUUUUUUUAACAAAAAUUCUCUGCCCCCCCACGCAUAACGGAGUAGCUACGGCUCUGUGCGAAACUGGGACAAACUGUUAGAACUAAAGAUAAAGGCGAAGUUAUUAAGAAGCUCAAACAUAAAUAUCAGGAAAAAAACUUCUUUUCCAAUUGAUUUAUAGUUUAUCAUUCACUAGUUUUCAAUUGAAAAGAUUAUGGUACCAACCAAAAUGAUUAUUUUGAUAAACCCUAUACAAAAUGUUCACCUGCCCGAAAAAACACCCUGUUCAAAAUUUUAGCUUAUUCGGCGGUGCAAAAAAUGCAUUUCGUUGAAAUUCCAAGAAUUUUUCUCGAGUACCGUUGAAUGCGAUUUAGAAGAAAUUUCUUUGAAUUUUAAACUAUUUUCACUUGUAAAAUUUGUUGAGAGUAACUCGACUCGACUUCAGUCACUGUCAAGUCGGUUGAAACAUGGCCCGAUUUCUCGUGCCAGCGGAGAUAAGCAGUCGAGCUACUCAGCUUCAAUUUAAUCGAUUCGACUUCUGUUUAACGAAAAUUGUUCAGUCCAGACUAUCAUGAAUACCAAUUUAAUACUCUCGUUUAACUACUGAUCUGCAUUUUCCGAUCGCGCAUUCUAGUUCAUUUCACUGAACUCAGCCAACAGAACCGUAGAAAACUUCUCCAGUGUAUCCGAAGUCUUUCGGAACACGUCAUCUAGAUGACGGCGGUGGCAGGCUCGGCUCCAUCUCGAACAAAUAGAAAACAUCCAUAAUCAGGUUAUCAUACUGUAGCGACUAAGAAGCUGUCAGGAGAUAAAUAAAUAAAAAGAGACUAUCGUAAAUCAACUUGAGCUCAACUCAUUGUACACAUAUUACACACACAACACACAACAUACACGGAAACUUUGGAUUCGGAAUAUCAGCCAAUCAAGCCAUAGUAGGAAGUACUCAGCAGACAAACUCUCGAAAAACUAUUUGUGUAAAAAAGCAGAAAAAAUCGCAAACACUAAAAUCAAAGAUUUUUUACAGAACAAAUCAUGGUUCAUCAUACGUAGAGGAUAUACAAAACAAAUACAUACAUAAAAGAAGGCAAUUUUGCUGACGAUGUUAGAUGUGUGAGGUGAGUAGAGCUGGUGAACUGAGAACACACACAUUAUGAGAAGAAGAAGAAGACGCGUUGUUCGUAUAUUGUUAUAAGAAUCAGUGAAAAAUACAACACAGGCUAUUGAAUAUAAGAUUCGACUUCAAA